GCGGAACAUGGCACCCCCUCAACUCGACACACUCGCUCAUCUUGUGGUGCCCAGCUUACCCCUAUGUUGCUGUGGUGACCGCGCGCGGCACGCCAACUCCGGCAGUCCGGCAGAGACAGUGGCAUUCCUGCAAUACGGCGGAAUCGCAUGCCGAACCAUACACCGCCAUUACUACGCUACGGCGAUGAAACAAAGAGAGGAUAUGCUACCAUACCAAAGCCACUUUCUUUCUCCAUCACUCCAGCCAUCCCCAACCCCAACUCCCUUCACUGUAUAUAUGAUACAUCCAUCCACCAUUCGUGAGGACAGCAGCAUCUGUGCGUCUCUUCCACGAGAGGCAACCUACCGUAUAGUACUGCCGACAUGGUGCUCUCCGGCGGCCUAGUCGUGCCGUGGCUCGCGGCGGUGGCCGCGCUGGCCAUCACCGCCGCCCCGCUCGGCGCCGAUGCCUACAAGAACUACACCGUCGGCGACGACAAGGGCUGGUACGACGGCCUCAGCCUGCCCGGGGUCGACUACCAGGCGUGGGCUGACGGCAAGAACUUCAGCCUCGGGGAUUUCCUCAUCUUCAACACGGACAAGAACCACUCGGUGGUGCAGACACGGAACGUGACGCUGUACGAGAGCUGCGACUACAACGACUCGGGGCCCGACGACACCGUCGAGUGGGCCGCCGCGCCGCCGGAGUUCAGCAAGGACGCCGUCACCGUCGCCGUGCCGCUCCUCGACGAGGGCCGCGCCUACUUCUUCUCGGGCAACUACGACGGCGAGCAGUGCGAGAGCGGCCAGCGCUUCGCCGUCGACGUGGCCCACGGCCAGGGCCUGCCGCCUGACCUCAGGCCGCCGGUCGCCGACGCGCCGGCGCCCUCCUCCGCGGGGCCCGCCGACGGCGCCGCCGCGCUCGACUUCAGCCACCCCAAGAACGUCACCACGCCGAGCGCGACGGACGAUGACGACGAGCAACUGGGCGGUGGCUCGGCCUCCUCCAGCCUCAGGUCCGCUCUGCCCGUGACCGCGACGCUGCUCAUCACCUUGCUCUUCGCGUUCGCGGUGUAGGUGGCAUGCGUUAGUUUCGCUUUUGUUUGUGCUGCUGCUGCUUGGGCCUCAUAAUUUGUUUGUUUAAUGCACUAGUACAGUUGAAGGGUUUCUCUGUAUAGGGAGAGAGAUGAGAUAUGUUUAGUGCUGUAGUUGUUAGUGAAAUGCUUUCACUUGUAUAUUCUGGCUGUUUAUUUGGUCCGUACCGUGCUCCGUAGUAAUGGAUCUCGAUAAAAUAAUAAUUAUCUCAUUCUUUGGAACAUGCAA